UCGAACGUUUUGCCGCGCUCACUUGCGCCCACACCUCUCGUACCCGACACUUGUGGAUUUCUUUUCUCUCGACUCAGGUGUUCCGUCACGCACCGCGUACCUUCAGCACGAACCACGAGGCGUUAGUUAGUGGAUGAGCACGAGGAUAAGGACGGUAACCGAGCGCGACGGUGGUCCGCUCGCGAGUGUGUGAAGUUGAAAAGAAGAAGAUUCGAGGAGUGUCAGAAUCGAGCCGUCGAGUUCGUGAGAGUCUUCGAUCAGUUUCGUCCGUACACGCAACAACGAGGUGACCAUGAUGAGCUCUCAUCAGCAGCACCCCGGCUACGGGUUCCUGUCGGGCAUGGAUCUGCACUCCGUGCACCAUGUGAGCCAGGACAUGAACGUGGCCGGGCAGCAGUCCGCGGCGUCGCAGGAGCAGCACAUCAAGAGGCCGAUGAACGCGUUCAUGGUGUGGUCGAGGAUCCAACGGAAGAAGAUCGCUUUGGACAACCCCAAGAUGCACAACUCGGAGAUAUCGAAACGGCUCGGGGCCGAGUGGAAGCUUCUGUCCGAUUCGGAGAAGCGACCCUUCAUCGACGAGGCGAAGCGUUUGAGGGCGAUGCACAUGAAGGAGCACCCCGACUACAAGUACCGUCCACGAAGGAAGCCGAAGGUCCCUGUGUCAGCGGUGCCGGGCAAAGGAGGGUCCAUGAGUCCUGGAGGAUUCCCUAGCUUUCCUCUUCCGCCAUACUUCGCAGCGCCGGCUGCUCCAGUAUCUCAUCAUCAUCAUCACCCGCACCCUCUCGACUAUCCGCCUCUGCCGCCGUACUUUGGCUCCGCCUUCGACGCGGUGCACCUGAGCAAAUUGGUGGCCAGCAGCAGCGGGACAGGAUCGCCGUCGAGCGCCGCAGCCGCGGCCGCGGCGGCAGCUGACGCGGCCAACAACAACGCAGCCUCGGCAGCAGCGGUGGUCAGCAGUUUCUACUCUGGAUUUUACUCGUCGCCGACGACACCAGGUAAGCCGUACCACAACACGGCCUCGCAUCUCGGUCCGUUGUUCUCCACCGGACAUCACACCGUCGGUGCAACCGCGCCUCACCCUCACCUGAUGUUCACGUCGUCCUCGGCGACCGGGUCCGGGAGCAUCGUCACGACCACCAGCAGCCCUGGCAGCAGUCCAGGAACCACCCCGAUAUCGUCGUCCCACCAGCAGGUGCCGAACUCGUCGUCGUCGACCACGCUGGACCUGGAGCAGCUACGCAGACCGGUCUCCGUGAUAUUCUAGAUCCCUAGAUCCCGUCUAGGUUCGAGAACGUUUUAAGAUUCGUGGGGCGAAAGGGUCACCUGGUGAGUUCCAGGGUAGAGUUUCGAUUACGCGGAUCGGUCUCGAUGUACAAUUCAAGAGAACCCGACGACGUUGUAUUUAGUAUACGCGCGACGCUCGAGGGCUAAGAUCGGUUCGGAUUCGACGCGGGCAACACACGGGACACAUCCGUGAGAUGCGCUUCUUCUCUGUCCAGCGUUAAUAGCGGGCGGCUGCGAAUUUCGAAGGACCGGGGUACGGCCGACCGCGAAUCAACGUUCGAGCGAAGGCUCGCUGGCAACGACGCGGAUAAUUGAAUUAGCAUAUUAAUGCGCUGGAACAAAAGGGCCGUUUAGGCCCCGAGAUUCGUUUUGCUUUAUCGAACGGUCCGCUCAUUGUGCGCUACGGUAUCCCGUGAAUAGACCGUCCCCUGGCUCCAGGGAGGCGUGGAACGCAUUGUUUUCGAAUAAUGUUUUCUAAUUGCGGAUGUGCCUUUACCUGUCGCCCGACGAAGUCGAACACUUUUGACCGCAGCUUUCAGACACCCGUGGCGCGAUUGGCUGUUCGAUUCAUAAAAUAGAUUCUAUUACAACGGAACCACCGUUAUUUGAAUGUUCAAACUAUUCGAGUGCUUUACUACUCGAACGUUUUAUUUGAAUAGGGUAGGGUUUUAUAGAGUAUCGAAUGUCCUUUUGUCGUCGAAAUACUUUUCACAAUGGUAGAAACUAAUUGCCAGAGGAAUUUUAUUACGAAGGAUCCUUUGUUACGGUCCGUGAAAAUUAGUAUAGAAAGACAGAGCUUGAAAAUUAAUAUCACGCUACGCGCUUUGUUAGGGACUAAUUUAUUUUUUACUGUUACGCGAUGCUUAGAAUAGAUUUCUCGUAGAUUUCUGUUAUUAAAAAGAGUUCUGUUUUUAUGCCAAAAAAUGUAGUCUAGGGAGAACGAUACCAAAGCGAUACAUUGUUAAUGUUAAAAAAGUAAAAAUUGCAACAGGGAAGACGAAGAGAUAAAAAUGCACCGUUAUUAUUCAACGAGGUACAGCUAAACUUUCAUUUGUCGAUGGUAAAUAUAGUUUCAUUUUGUAACCGAUUAUCUGUCGUGCGUUGUUCGAAAAUUCUGAUCUCUAUGUUAGUUCGAAUAGCGUAGGUUCGGCUGCAUUUUUUCGUUUCGUUUGGAGAACAGGGCUGUCUCGUCGAGCGAAGCUUUACGCGCUAUUGGCGCUCUGCCCUCGAGCGUCGUUACCGUUCGUUUUAAUAUAUCGUUUGUACGGAUGUAAAUAUUUCGUAAUAUACAAUCCGCGUAGGUUAAGCACCGCAUGUAAACGAGUCCUAGAGGCUGUUUGCUCGGAUAGCGAAUAGUUUUCGUGGGAAGGUACGUUCGGUCUCCGUCAGAUCUCGUUCCAGCUCGCGUGUCCGCCCACACGAUUGGCGCUCGAACUGUUGGAACUUCCGGGUAAUGGAGAGAGAGAGAUGGGCAAAAUUUGAUUCGAAUAACAGGUAACGAAUAAAAGCAACGUGCUGGUAUUCAUUCGCGACGUUUAUUCGAUAGAAUAAUCGGUUAAGUUUUUGUUUUGUUCAUCGUUCAUCGUGUAAUUAAGGGUUUUACAAAAGAGGCUUUAAGAUUUUCUUUUGUAAUAAACAAUGGAAGACGAAGAAGUUUUGUUAUUAAAACAAAAAAAUUCUAUAGGUCCUUCUGGGAAAUCUUUUAUCUCAUUCUGUAAUUCAGGUUCGAAUUUUUAUUCAAAAUUAUUCGCGAGUUAGAUAGUCUUGUUUGGAGAUGAACCUGAUCCGUCAGUGGUAUAGGUACGAUAAGCCUUAUCAUCAGAGGGGCCUCACACUUACGGGGUCUUCAAGUUCACGCAAAAAUUGUUAUUGUGUGUUACGACUAUGAUUUAGUAAUAGCGAGUUGUAUUCUCGGUACAAUGAGCAUUAUCACUGCGUCCUACUUUGAGUUUCUGUAACUUAUUGUUUAUAUUUAUUAGAUCGCAAGACAUAUUUUUUUGUUAAAUAAAAACAUGAAUAGUUACUUGAUCAUUUCAAAUGUGAGUACUCAAAAUAUUUAAAAUACACGAGUAUUCAAAAUAUAUUCUUAGGACUUGAAUAUUACCUAUACAUAUUAUAGGUAUUCCAAUCUACAAUAUUUAUCUAUCAUUUAAAAUGUAUUAGUUAGAAUAUCAAAUUAUUCCAUAGUUAUAAUAAAAUUAUUUACCAAUAAAGUGCCGAUCAAUUGUUCGAAGAAACGCAAUAAUAUUGCUCGUUGCAUUAAAUACAGUAAAUAAAAAAAGUCUUUGUUUUAAAUGUACAGUGGGUUUCUAAAUUAGCGUGAGAGACCUCGAAAAAGUAAGUGGCUCGAGCCUCAAACUGAGAGGCUUUGGGAAGCAGAGAUAGACAGAAGUUUAUUUGAAUAUCAAAGGACGAAUAAAAGCUCUGCACAGAGAUCUAUUCGCAACGCUUAUUCGAUUGAACACUUAUUCUGAAAAGUUUUUAUUCGUCAAACGUGAAACUUCAUUUGAUCGUAAUUUGUACCGAACGAAUACUGCAUCAAAAGUUGUUUAUUUGUUGUAUCGUAUACCCGAGACGUAUUUAUUCGUCUCGAUAACGAUGAAUAAGAGCAACCUGAAUCGGUGUUCAAAUGUUUAAUUCUUCGACGCGAGAUACAAUUUCGAUCUGUGAUUCGAAUUCGAAUUUUCGUUCGACGAUUGACGAAUAUUAAUUUUGAUCUGUUGUCCGAAAUUUUCUAUCUAGAUGGGAAUUUUGAUCAUCUCUGGGAGGAAGAGAUCUACGGAGAGCUCCGUCCUCAGCGAACGAACAUUUCGUCCAGGACGCGGAUCUAGAGAUCGCACUUAUUCGCCGGCGAGAAGCUUCGUAUGUGAUAUAUUCCGUCUUUGAUCCGUGGAUCGUCGGAAUACAGCGAAUCGGAGCGAGUCUCUGCGCCAACCGUGGUUUCCGGCCGUUCCGGAUGCAGUGUUUCUGCCGAUCAAUGGUAAAAUAGCUCCGAGGAAUUUAUUUGUCGCUGUUGCACAGCUUGCGAACCACGACGAUUUCUAUGUAAUUAACCAGGCGAUUUUCUUAAAUUAAUAUUAACCGUUUUUGUAAAUACCAAGCGUUUCCAAAGUAGACGAUCAAACUGUGGCAAUAUACUCUUACGAAUAGGAAUAGAACAAGGUGUUGUAUCACGGCGCUCCGCAAGUUUCCACGUGUUUCUGUUUAAAUAAAUUAUAUUUCUUUUGAUGAUACGAAAUGCUAACUCACUUCGACGAUUGACAAAAAACUUGACCCUUCCGUGACCAUCCGAUACACAAGUUUCAAUUUAUUUGUAAACUCGACGAAUAUAAGUUUUGAAACAAUUUCCAAUCGAAUAUAUGGAAAAGUACACGUUUCCCAUUAAAUAAUAUCCAUUUUUAUUAAUUCAAGACCACCGCAACUGCAUUUGUUCUUUGUCUCUUUGCUAUAAUCAUUUAAUACAGCGGUUUUCAGUACAUAUUCCUACAACAAUUUCUUCCAAAUUCCAUUAGGAAUGUAUCAACAAAAGUUUGAUUGUUUAAUUUGGAGACCCCGUGUAUGUACGAAGGUAGCGGUACGUGCAAUCAAACAAAGUAAAUUUCUCGAGGUAUUUUCUAUUGGUAAUUCGCGGCGCUACUAUACUAAGCUCUUCUCGAAAGCAUUUUCGUCGCCCAAAAGGUCCGGAUGUAAAUGGACCAGUCGUUAACUGUGAUUUCGUUGCGUCGUGUGCCGCGUUCACGCGAUCACGUGUACGUGUCGUUUCCGUAGGUUUAAAGAAAAAAAAGUCGCCUCGUACCUCUUGUUGUAACUAACGUCUAGAGCACACACGCUAAAUAGUUGCACCGUGUAUAGGGUUAUUUAUCAGGACGGUCGUGUCCGACGAACACCCUUCGUUGUUUUCGAUUUCCCCGAUACCCUUUCUUUCGUUGAAACCUCGUCUUGCACGGAGUUGGGCAAAAAUUUAUUCGAAUUCCGAAUAAAAUCGAUCGAUCGAACGAAUCUCCAUUUGUUCGUUCCGUAAUUCAGAUUUGAAUUUCUAUACGAAAAGUAACCAAUUUGUCGUUAAUCUUUUCUUCCUUAUUCGAGGUUCGUUAGCUAAAUAAAUUCUGCCCAUCUCUGGUUUCGUCCACGCAUGUACAUUGCGCGCCAUUUCUUCAAUGUUGUUCGAAUGUCCGUAAGACGCUAGUCCGUAAGAAAGCCCGAAUGUCUGGAUGAUGAUGUACAUUGUGUUUUGUUAGGAACAAAUUGUUAUUAUUCGUUAGCACGAGCGAUCGAUCGGAAUUCACACGGGCGGAAUUUCAUUCUAAAAGAUGAUCGUUGCUAGAACUUCGGCACAGAGAAUUUAUCGUCGAGCGAGAAUGAGUCGUGGGAUUAAAGGAACAAUGUCUCUUAUCGUAUAUGUGCAUAUAUUUAUUAUUAUCGACGAAUCGAAGUAAUAAA